AUGAAAAUGUUGGCAAAUGAUGAAUAUGUUCUGGACGUGUGCACUGAACUGGAGCACCAUCAAAAAAGCUAUUUUUUGCUGCUGAAACGGACCGUCUGGAUUCAUCCACUGCGUCUAGACAAUGCACGCUACAUCGAUGUUAUGUUCUUCCAGGUUGUGCCCGAUUACAUUGAAGGACUGCUAAUUGCUCCGAAAAAUGGAAAAAUUAGCGCCGAAGCAUUGGUCAGUGUUAACAGUAGUGUACAUAGUAGAUUUCUUGUUUUUCCGCGCCUGGCAUGCAAAAAUUAG